GGCCGACGAUUACGGUUGGGCUGAUGUUGGCUAUCAUUCCGAUCACAUGCGGACACCCAAUAUCGACACACUGGCCGCCGACGGCAAAUGGCAUUUGGGUUUCUAUAAGCAUGAAUACACACCGACCUACCGGGGCUUUGACACACACCUGGGCUACUGGAAUGCAGCCGAAGACUACUAUUCGCAUCAGUCGUGCGAACAGUUUUGGGUGAAUAAGAGCGGUCAGGUUAUCACCAAUAAGGGUGUUUGCGGUCUAGACAUACACCGUAACCUAGAUAUGGUCUACGAUGCUGUCGGUAACUAUUCAACCAUUUACUAUAAGCACCGGUGUCUGGAUGUUAUCGAUAAACACGAUCCCUCAACGGGACCCAUGUUUCUCUAUAUGGCCCAUCAAGCUGUACAUGCGGUAGACCUGUCGGAUGUUAUUGAAGCGCCCGAAAAGUAUAUCGAUAUGAUUGGCAAUAUUAGGAAUAAAAGGCGCCGUACGUUGGCUGCCAUGGCCUACAUUAUGGACGAAUCGGUCGGUGCUAUUGUCGAUAGGUUGCACUCAAAGGGAAUGUUAGACAACACGAUAGUUAUCUUUUUGAGCGAUAAUGGUGGCCGACCUCAGGGAAUGACACAUAAUAAUAUGGCAUUCAAUACACCAUUAAGAGGUGGAAAACAGCAUCUAUGGGAAGGAGGUAUACGAGUGCCGGCAUUCAUAUGGAGUCCCUUAUUGAACACCAGUGGCUAUGUAUCCGAUGAGCUGAUCCAUGUGACCGAUAUAUUGCCGACAGUGUUGGAGGCUAUCGGUGCCAAAAUUGAAGGACAAAACAAUAUAUACGGUGUUUCUCAAUGGAAAACAUUGACAAACAGGGAGACAUCCCGGCGCCAGGAGAUCAUACAUAACAUUGAUCCAUGGCUUAAUCAAUCGGCUAUUAUGUGGAAUAAUUGGAAACUCAUACAGGGACAGGAACCCGACGGCAAUGGCUGGUAUGUACCGCCUACCAGUGCUCGGGACAGGGCUGGCAACUUGAAGAUCACCGAUCGACUGAAUAGUAACGCCUAUAAAGUGCUGCGACAAAUGCAUAGACAACCCAACUAUGAUAUGCUGAACGAGUCGACCAUUAGAUGCGGACCAAAACCGGCCAACGCGUCGACCAAUUGCCGGCCGACCAGAGAGCUGUGUUUGUAUAACAUACGGGACGACCCGUGCGAGUAUCAUAACCGGGUUCAGGACUAUCCAGAAUUGGUCGCACAGUUGUGGAAUCGGUUGCUGAAAAUCAAUGAAACAGCUGUCCAGCCGUUAUCGCGGACGCCCAGUGUUGUCAAUAGUCAACCGAAAUAUCAUAACAAUACGUGGACUGUUUGGGGCGAUAAUUUGAAAUAAUUUGAAAUAA